AUGAUGUGGCUGAUAGGUCUUCCUACAUGGGUCCACCUCCUGAUUAUAACCUGCAAUGCUCUACAAAUUCGGAAAAGUUGCUUCAUACCUAGUUACCAAAAUGUGUGGCCCAUCGAAAGCAACUGCGAGGGAAAAGUGCACACACAAAACUGCAGUAGCAGUCGCCGCUGUAGCAGGAGGAAAGGAGGGGAACAGAACAAAUGGAUCGCAUUUAGCAAAGAUGACGAGAUAGAGGAAAUCAGGAUACCAGAACAACCGACUGAUGAUUAUAAAAUGGGAAGAAGGAAACAAUUCAUAAAAAAGUAUCAAGUGAAAAGGGAAGAAGUAGAGGAAUACAUAGAACAAAUGAAAAGAAAUUCAAGUAGUGGAUAUGAACCUCAAUUUCCAAAGGAUGCUUUUAGGACCCCAGAUGGAUUAACAAAUGUCAUUUUGGAUUAUAAAUACAAAAAUGAUAAUUUAAAGAUUCAUAAUUAUUACUCUUUUUUUGUGUAUUUCUUAAAAAAGCUAGCUGAGCAAUCGGAAAAAAAAAAGAAAAAAAAAAAAAAAGAAAUAAAUGAGCCAAAUGACGAAGAAGAUCAAAUGGAUAGAGAACCACUAAUUAGCAUACAAGAUUUUCUCUUCCUAAAAAAGAAGGGAUUCUUUGAAGGAGAAUUGUACACAUGGAAAAAUUGGAUUAUUCUUAAUCGUGGAGAGUGGGAAGAUUACAUCGGCUACGGAGAAGUAGACAAAGAAAAAGAAUACCAAAUUGAGACGCUACGAAAAAUGGUAGAGCCCAAGAUGAAAAGAAUGCCUAUAGAAUACUGGGGUAGCUUUAGGGCAAUCGACUUCAAUGUGAAUCAUUAUCCCAUUUACAAAAAGUUGUAUGAUUUUUUUGACAAGAUCAGUGUGAGUGGCAACGAGCCGAACGAGAAGUUUUACCCCUUCCUCUUCUAUCCCCGGUUUAGUGUGCGCAGGGAUAGAUCGGGGCUGGGCUAUGGGGACGCGCAGUUUUUCGGUAAUUACGGAGACAUCUACAAGAAGCGCGAAGAACGCCUGCGCAGGUUGCGUGCUGAUGGUAAUGUUGGCGAAGGGGUUGUGGACACUGCAGGAAUCGAUACGCACACAUCGGGCGAGAGUGAAAGCGUAGUGCAUUCCAGCCUGCACAGGGAGAGCUUCAUAGACAAAUACGAUUUCGGGCCAAAUGACAUCAAAGUAGAGGAAGCGACAGACAUAAUAAAGUAUCCACAGAACGGGAGGCUCUACCAGAAGUUUUACAUUGGGCCCCUAAACAUAACCGAUGGGCAUACCUUUGGCACUCUCUUGAAAUACGUAUGUCAGACUCAGGUGUAUGGGUAUGCCAUAGUCGCCAUUAAAGUCCAUAACAUGAAUGAAGAUACUCGAAUAGACAAUGUACAGGAGGAUCUCCUAGAAAUUGCACUUAAUUUAUCUGAUGUAUGUAUAUACAGCAAAGAAAUAAAUAUAGAGACAAACGUACGACUCAUUUUUAAAGGACCUUUGAUGGUAGUAGCAGGGAUGAUACCCCUACCAUCUCACCUACAAGUAGUUAAUAAGGAGCAGUACAUCUGUACACUGAAAGAAGAUGGUUAUCUAGACAUUUCGAUAAAAAUCGAAUAUGGAAAAGGUCACUGGCUAACAUACGAAAAGGGAUUAUAUAAAAGAGAAGUGGGUUCCGAUAACGAAUGUAUGAAAAAAAGACAAGUGAAGGAAGUUGUUGAAAAGAAUUAUAUGCCUAUAAGUGCUAGCUUUGGUAGCUGUCGUAUGGUACGUAUGGCUGUACAUAAAAUAGCCACUAAGUAUUGGUGUGAAGAUAGGUGUGAAUUUACCGACCCCAAACAAAUGCUUGUAAUGGAAAUAUGGAGCGACUGUAGGAUGCUUCCCAAGAAUGUCCUGCUGUAUGGAAUUAAAAAUAUAAAAAAAAUUUUGAGAAAAUUCAGAGAGAUGAUAAUUUCCGACACAGAUUUCCCAUCCGAUGUGGAAGACGAGGAGAUAAAGAAGCUGUGGCCUGCCAUUGAUCGGUACAAAUUUUUACAGACCAAGCAGAAGAUGGAGGGAGGCCCACCAAUCUAUGACGUGGACACGCAGAGUGAUAGCGGAGGAAAUAAGGGCGCAGGUGACGGGAAUGGUGAGCGAGAUGCACACAGUCAAUUGGGUAGCCAGAACUUGUUAGACUCAUUUUCGCAAAAGCUUGUGGACCCGGACAACUUUCCCAAGCACUCAAAUAUCCUCCUGCCGCUGGAGGAUACACCACCCCCCUUCCUGGAUACCCUGGAGUGGCUAAAAAUGGAGGUAAAGAAAGACAAAAUUCGAAAGAAGAGGAAAAGUUCAGAGAAAAAAACUUCCAAAGCGGCUAACAAGCGCACCUUCGAUUAUGACGACUACCUGGACGACAGUUUGGGCGAUAUACUGGAUGAGGGCUGA